AUGGUCGGUUCCUUUGGGGGACAUUUGAAGAAUCAUACUAGCAGGGAUUGUGAUACGGAAAAUGCUAAUUGCACGCUCGGGGAAAAUGGCCACAACCCGGCAUGGCCGGUUCCCUUCGGGGUGAUCAUUCUAAAUCUGAUUCCAAGAACAUCUCCUUGGCCCCCUCGAAAAGCUGAACCUGCUGGAAGAGGCGAGGAGGAGGACGGUCCGAACAUCCGGGACGUUGGCCGAGUUCAAGAACAGCUGGAGAAUCCAUCGGAGACGGACGACCACCUCGGGCUGCUGUUGAACCUGCCGGAAGAGGCGAGGAGGAGGACGGUCCGAACUUCCGGGACGUUGGCGCCGAGUUCAAGAAAAGCUGGAGAGUCCAUCGGCGACGGACGACCACCUCGGGCUGCUGUUGAACCUGCCGGAAGAGGCGAGGAGGAGGACGGUCCGAACUUCCGGGACGUUGGCCGAGUUCAAGAACAGCUGGAGAAUCCAUCGGAGACGGACGACCACCUCGGGCUGCUGCUGAACCUGCCGGGAGAGGCGAGGAGGAGGAGGACGGUCAACACAGCCGGAACCGUGGCCAAGUUCAAGAUCCUAUUCUAAAUCCGAUUCCACCCCAUCCGAGACCACCUCGGGCUGCUGCUGAACCUGCCGGGAGAGGCGAGGAGGAGGACGGUCAACACAGCCGGGACGUUGGAC